UAAGUCUAUUCUAUAUCUUGUCUAUGUGAUAUUGAAUAACAUAACCUAACAAUUUGAAACAUAAGGAAUAUACGAAUUUAUUGCUUUGUUAUUCAUUAAAAUUAGAAAUCAAUUUAACUUUUUACUAUACGAAAUUACAUAAUUCUAUAUGUAAAUUAUACAUACUAUAUGUAAAAUUGUAUAUAUGUCCUUCAAUAAAACAGAGUGUAUAAAUAAAAAAGGAGAAUGAUUUUACAAUUUUUUAUGUAAUUCUUCUGCAAUUUAUACUUUACAUAAAUAUCAAAUUAUAUUCUUCUACAUUAAUAUAAUGAUAAUAUUAUAUGUACAUGUCAUUUAAUUUUGUUAAAUUUGUAUCAUAGUUGAAUUUCAUUAAAUAAAAUUUUGAAUUAGAAGUAAUAAAUUAUAUUUAUAUCAUGGCAAAUAUCAAGGAAUUACCAGAAUUACAAGUUUUUAAAACAGUAUUAUUCCACUGUGUAGUGAUAAUAGCCUUACCUGUAUUGUCAUUUUUUACUAGCAAGAUUUUUAUUUUUGAUGGUUUAUUGGGGCUUAAUCAUGUGCCAAGUAACGUAUAUUCAGCUGCUGUUGCGAUUCUCGUAUUACACGUGGCUCUAGGAUCUUUUAUAUAUCGUGCAUAUUUCGAUGAUCAAUCAAAGACACAAACAAAACGAGAUUAAUCAUUGUUUUUUGUUUGAAAUAUGUAUGUAAUUAAAUACACUUUCUGGAUAACAUAUUUAUUCGUGUAUAAUUAUCGGAAAAAAAUGUUACAUUAUAUUGCAUUACAUUCUGCAAUCGCUUACUUCUUUGUUGAUAUUUUGUUUUUUUUUUAUUGAAUACUGUGAAUUGUGCAAAGGGAAAGUUAUCUGUACUUGUAUUAAUUAAUGGAACAUAAUUACUAAAUAAAAAAAGCAAUGGCAUUCCCACACAAUAUUUGCAUAUUGUACAGCACAAACUUUGCAAUAUACAUACAUCUACAUGGAAUAUAAUUCCAUUAUACAUAUUUUACUUUUAUAUUUGAGAAAUCUUGUAGUACAUUUUAUAAUUUAUAGUGCCUCAAUACAUCACAUCAGAUGGAUAAAUUAAUUAUAGUGCACUUUAUGAUCACAGUACUAGAUCAGGAGCGAAUUUAUAAUUCUCUAGGCAGAUAAUUUUGAUAGCUAUGUAGAAAAUAUAUUGAUAUAUGAAUUUUUAGAAAAAAUUAAGAAAUAUAAACAACUAUUACAAAAGUUUAGUACAAAUCCGCUCCUAAUGAUACU